AUGUACCUAAUAGCGGUUCUUGGUGGUGGGCAGUGGUCGCAGCCUCCUCCUGCUCCUGGCUCUCCAGCUGGUCCUUGCUCUCCGGCGGCUCCUGGUUGUCCAGCGGCUCCAUCGGAUCCGGCGUCUCCGGCUGGUCCUUGUGGUCCGUCUUGUCCUGGUUGUCCAGCGGCUCCUGGUUGUCCAUCGGCUCCUGGGGCUCCUGGGGCUCCGGCUGGUCCUGGUGGUCCAGCUGGGACGGCGACCUCCUCGACGACUCCUGGGGCUCCAUCUUGUCCAGCAGAUCCUGGUUGUCCAUCUGGUCCAGCUGGUCCUGGGGCUCCUGGGGCUCCAGCGGCUCCGGCGUUUCCAGGGGCUCCUGGUUGUCCGUCGGCUCCAGCGUUUCCUGGGGCUCCCUUUGGUCCGGCGUUUCCGGCUGGUCCUGGUGGUCCGGCUGGGCAAUCGAAGCAGAAGUCAGCCUCAGAUGGAGUGGCCUCUGGAUCAGCAUCAGCUCCUGGUUGUCCGUCUGGUCCAGAGAGUCCGUCCUUUCCGUCUUGUCCGUCAGUUCCUGGUGGUCCUGGUGGUCCAGCGGCUCCAGUCUUGCAUGAGCAGCAUGAUCCUCCAGAUGAUUGA